CCUGCUGGAGGAGAGUGAGCGAUCCGCUUCCGUUAGCAUCCAGAGAGCUAACAGGCAGGUCUGGUUGGGGAACUGGCUGAAGAGGAAGGCGACCUGCGCAGUGGAGACCGACAGACAGAUAUUUAUCGGAGACUUCAGAUACCCCCUGUUAAUCCUUGAGCCAACCAUUAUCCCUCCAUGCUGACCAAGAAAGGAAGAUAACGUUAAUAGCCCUGCACUGCCGCUUCAAUUAGCUUAUCCAAGACGGAGGCAAAAGGCGUUUUGCUCAGAACUGAAGGAGGACUUUCCACUGGGUAAAAUCAGUUCACUUCAAAAAGAAGAAGAAGAAGAAAAAGACAGAUAAGAACAGCAGCAGCCUUAACUAAUCUAAACAUGAGGUUGCCGAGUAGCAGACAUUGUGCGAUUGAAGGAGAUGGAAAGAAAAUGGACCAGCCUCCCCCAAUCAGAAACCCUUUUGUGCACGUCUUGAAAUUCACACCAAUGGAAAAGGCAAAGAUUGCAGUGAUGACAGUCACUCUAUUUCCCAUCCGUCUCCUCAUAGCUGCAUUUAUGAUGCUCCUGGCAUGGCCGUUUGCCUUCAUUGCCUCAGUGGGGCGCUCCGAGACCACCGUUGAACCCCAGUGCCUCUGGAGAAGGGUGGUGGAUAUCAUUCUGAGAUUCAUCAUGCGGGCCAUGUGGUUUGCAGGAGGUUUUCAUUGGAUGACAGUAAAAGGACAAAGGGCAUUACCUACAGAAGCACCUAUCCUGACCCUGGGCCCCCACUCGUCUUACUUUGAUGCCAUCCCAGUUACAAUGACGAUGUCCUCCAUUGUCAUGAAAGCGGAAAGCAAAGAUAUUCCUCUCUGGGGCACUUUGAUAAAGUACAUUCGGCCCGUGUUCGUGUCACGAUCAGACCAGAACUCCAGAAAGAAGACUGUGGAGGAGAUUAAACGAAGAGCCCAUUCUGGAGGAGAAUGGCCUCAGAUCAUGAUAUUUCCAGAGGGGACUUGCACAAAUAGAUCCUGUCUCAUCACUUUUAAGCCAGGGGCCUUCAUCCCAGCUGUCCCAGUGCAGCCUGUGGUCAUUAAGUAUCCUAAUAAACUGGACUCAAUCACGUGGACGUGGCAAGGCCCGGGAGCAUUUGAAAUCUUGUGGCUGACUCUCUGCCAGUUACACAAUGAGUUUAUUAUCGAGUUCCUGCCCAUUUAUACUCCGUCAGAGGAGGAGAAAAAGAAUCCUGCUCUCUUUGCUAUCAAUGUGAGACAAGUCAUGGCCAAAGCUCUGGGCGUGCCCAUCACAGACUAUUCAUUUGAAGACUGCCAGCUGGCCAUGGCUGAGGGCCAGCUGAAGCUGCCAGUCGACACCUGUCUGCUGGAGUUUGCCAGACUCGUCAGGAGGCUGGGGCUGAAACCGCAGAACUCCGAGAAGGUUUUGCAGGACUAUGGGAACAGAGCCAGGAAACUGGAGGGACAGAAGCUUGGCUUGGACGACUUUGCGCACUUCCUGGACGUGCCAGUUUCAGAUAUGCUUCGUGACAUGUUUGCUCUCUUUGAUGAGCAUGAAGAUUUCAGCAUGGAUGUCCGAGAAUUUGUGAUAGCCUUAUCUGUUGUAUGCAGACCCACAAAAACUCUGGAAACCAUGAAGUUAGCCUUCAAGAUGUUUGAGGCGGAGGAGGAUGGGGCCGUCACAGAGAACGAGUUGGCAGCUAUUCUGAAGACGGCUUUAGGAGUGGCUCACCUCAACGUGUCACAUCUGUUCACCGCCAUCGACGCUGAUGACACAGGAAAAGUUACGUUUGAUAAGUUCCGAGGUUUUGGGGAGGAGAACCCAGACUUUGCUGAGGAAUACCUUUACACGGAAAACGCAGGCCUUCAGAACGGUCCCUGCCGCGGUCAGCAGACGCAGCCCAACCCGUCCACCCAGAGCCCACAAAACACUGCCACGAGCAAAACAGCCAACGGUAUCUGCCCCGACUUCAGCCCGAAGGACCACGACGGCACGACGCAUGCUCGCUCCAAGAAACACAACUAGAAAAGGUUGAAAACAUCAAGACAACCCCAAGCAGCUCCUCUCCUGGUGAGAUGGGGCUGAGAGCGGGUUGGUUAUGUGUGAGGGAGGGACUGCAUUUCAUUAACCGCAACUAGGAAACUGAAGUUUACUCUUUUUAUUGGUGUUCUGUUCGUACACUUAUAAUUUUCAGCCCUUAACUGUUUGUUACUUUUCAUUUUUGUUAGGAAGAAUUGUCAUAAUGCCAAAUAAUGGCUUUUCUUUUGGAUACAAUUCUUGAAUAUUUGAAGGGCAAGCACUUACUCCUGGGGCAUAUGAUGUUUUUUCACUUUUUCCCUGUAAUAUAAUAUAAAACAGAUUCUGCAUGUUUUUAACUCAAGACAGCCACGACUAAACAAGCCCUACUUUAUGAACCAGAUAUAUUUUUUUCUUUAUUGAAAUCAGUGUGUUUCAUUUAUUUGUACCUUUCUAUCAUUUCCCUUCUUUAAAGAC